UUUAUUUAUUUAUAUAUAUUGUAAAAGUUCCUGCUGUGCCCUCUAUGAUAAUGGUAGUAUGUAAGUAUAGCAAAACAAAUGCAAAUGCUUUGUGAACCUUUGUAUUGUAAAUGUGCAAACCCUACUUUAAAUAACUUUAGUUUCUAUUUCCUGCCUCAUACUGUCGGAUCUUUCUAAAGAGACAUAGAGGGAGUGGUAGGGACUGUUGGAAACCCCGCCCAUCUCGCCCAGCAAGUCCCUACAGACAGCGAGAGGCAGAGAGGAAGAGUGCCAGAGUCGGAUAGGACAGAAAAAGCACAACAUGUUAAGUUUUGAUAAAACUCAUACUGCUGCAGACACCCCACGUUGACAUCGUACCUUGACAUGGAAAUGAAUAUCAUUACACAGGUGGAAGUGACACUCCACCCAACCAAAACACAUCCUAUAAUAGAGAGUAUUUUUAACAACAACCUCAAGAGGCUACAAAAAUUAGUAAAGGAAACCAACAUUAAUGAAUGUUACCCAUGCAAAGAAGUUAAUGACCAUAUAACUCCACUGAUAGCUGCUGUUGUAAAUCACAAUGCAGAUAUUUUUACAUUCCUUUUGCAUCGGGGUGCUGACCCAAACAAGGCUUCCCCUAAAGGCUUAACACCUCUGCAUUAUGUAUCACAAUCCAAAGCACAAGUCCUUUUUGCAGUGGAACUGCUUAAAGAAAAAGCUAAUCCAAAUGGAUGGAGUCGCAUAUUCACACCAGUGCAAGCUGCUGCCAUCAGUGACAGGGACGAUGUCUUCAGAGUUCUCCUUUCAGCUGGUGCAGCGGUAAUGUUGUUUCCUGGGGCUGAACAUAAAUGUCACAAUGAAAAUAUAUCUAAGAUGAUUCAUGACCUUGCAUCGAGGGGAGAUAAAUUGUGCUCCAAAAUCAGAUAUUUCCUAGAUAUGGAAAUUGCUGUGCCAGAAAAAACUCCUGAAGAAGUGUUCAAAACGUUUGACAGUCACAUGCUGUUGGAGGAUCCUCAGACCCAUCUGACAAUGAUUGAAAGACUUUUUACUGCAGCUGGGCAACAUAUAGAAAAAUACAAGCAGCUAAGUAUCAAAUGGCUGAAGGACACUGGAAAUCUUGACACGUACAUUGCAGGUGCCGUCAGUCGCUUUCCAAACAUUCCCCAGGACUAUGUUGACAUGUCAAUUGUCACUUUACAUGCAGUUUUUUGCACUCUUGAAGAUAUACCAAAUGAGCAAUCUUUGGAUAUAAUUCCCCAACUACUGAACCAGCUUAGCUCAAAAGAGAGACCUGAUAGAUGGCUAAAUGUUUUGCUCACACUAUAUGUGAUAACACAGAAAACAAAAGGCACAAAUAGAUGGGAUCAGAACUUUGUUGAGAAGAUAUGCAAGACAAUCGCUCCUUUUGUAGAGAACCGAAACACUUCUGACAUAAGACUUUUCACAUACGGCACAUUCGCAAACUUACUUUCAGUUAAACAUGCAACCAGCAUCUUUGCAUCAGUGGGGAUAACUUCAGUGCCUGAGGACAUACUGAUGUCUGCAGAAAUGGAUACAAAUGAGAAGCUGAAAGAAGUGCUUAAGCAACUGAAAGAUCAUCUCAGCAAGCCAAGCAUGGACUCUGAGGACUCUACAGUCUUACCUGAAUCCAAAAAGAAGAAAAAGAAGAAGAAAAAGAAAAACAAGGAACAGUCAGAAAAGCAAGAAGAACCAAAUGAGGAAGUCACUGCUUCAUCUAAUCCAACAGUAGGCCCUGUUUUGGAGUCCACUUCAAAUGUGAAGCCAUUCUAUGUCCAAACUACUGAAUCAAUGCCACGCAGAUGGGAACAAAGCAGCGUGAGGUGGAGAGAAAAGUUAGAGAAGCUUGUGAUGAAUGUUACAGAUGAAAGUGAGGAAACUAGAAUUGGGAGCAUGAUAUAUGUGGAUGAAGAAGAAUUCUGCAUAGCACAGGGAAGCAAUGGCACUGAUGUCUUCUUGGGGCUGAAAGAUGAUGGCACUGAAGUUGCUAUUAAGAAAAUGUAUAAACGCAACUAUCCAUUGCUAAAGUGUGAAGAAGGAUUUCUACGACUUCCGGCUCUUGAUCAUCCAUUCAUUGUGAGAUACAUUGACUUUGCAGAAGACAAAAACUUUGGAUAUCUUGUUCUUCAACUGUGUGAAUACACUUUGAAAGAACACAUUGAAACUCAUGAUGAUGAUGGCCGGAGAAAGGAACUUGUCCGUCAGGUUCUCGAGGGUCUAAGUGUUCUUCAUUGUCAAGCACGUCCCAUUCUCCACCGGGACCUCAAACCACAGAAUGUUCUGAUCGAUGUAAAGGGGAAGGCACGAUUAGCUGAUUUUGGCAUCAGUAGACGAUUACCCGAAGGACAAACAACUUGUCGCACAGACAAAGCAGGAACAAGUUGCUGGAUGGCCAAGGAGACUUUAUCAGAAAAGGACAACACUAAGAUAGGGUACAAGUCAAACUCUGACAUACAGGUGGCAGGGAUGGUGAUUUAUUAUGUCCUCUCUGGAGGACACCAUCCUUUUGGAGACAUAUCCUAUGAAUGUGAGAACAACAUUGUUAAAGGGAACUACACUUUGGAGCAUGUUCAAGACGUGUUGGCAAAAGACCUCAUUGAGUGGAUGAUUGAUGCAGAACCAAAGAACAGACCUAAAGUGGAAGAAUGCUUGAAACAUCCCUUCUUCAGGGACACUGACUGGAAAAUUGAAUACUUGAGAAAGAUGGGAAACAGAGAGGAGGUAAAGAACCAUCGAAAUGCGGACCAGGAAUUGAUUUCUUCGCUGGAGAAAUGUGAUGGAUCCUUCAAACAGUGGAAAGAUAAGUUUCCACCAGAGUUGCUGCAGAAGAUGGAUCCUAAGAAGAAGUACCCUGAAAACAUGUUGGGAUUACUGCGCUGCAUACGAAAUCUCCAGGAGCACUAUCAGGAUGAUGCAGCUCAAGUUGAUGUGAUGAAGAUAUAUCCUGAUCUCUUCGGAUGUGUUUACAAGUUUGCCAAGACCCAAGGGUGGAAUUCAGAGACCCCGUUGAAGGAAAUGUUCCUUAGAGAAAACAUCAGCACCAGCUUUACAUCCACAAGCCCUGAGGAGCCUCUGUCUGUCCCCGUACAAGAGUCUCAACCCAGGGACUUGAAGUGAAGAAGUACUUGAGAGUCUUCUAAGGAGUCAGAUAAUAAAAGUACAAGCAAUUCUGAUGUAAUAGUUUUUAACUGAUACUGUAUAGUGUCCAAUCUGAAUACGCCUGUAAGGCUUUGCAUGUGCAUUGUUCAUAGUAACUAUUUUCCAAAGGCUGAUAGUAACAGUAUGUAGAUCAUAAGAUACUGUACUGUAGUUACAUUUUGGGAACUUUCUCCUCCAAUUCUUUUUUUAAAUCACUUUUUUAAAACAUUAUUAUAAUGAACUACAUUACCUGUAUUUGCAACAUUAUUUUUGUAUGGCUUCAGUCUAGUUACUUUACAAAUGAUUAUACACAAGGAAUAUGUUAAAUACAAACAUUAGGAAAUUGAAAAAGUUAAACCACUGAAUUAGCUGCAUCUCAAAUGAAUAAUUUGUGUUAGCUAUUGAUGCAUCGAUAUUGCCAGUAAAGUACCUGAAACUGACACACUUCUAUAUUUUACAUUUUUUACUAUACAGUAGUUUAUUUUUAUUUUCACAUUUAGAUUUUAGAAUAUUUUAUUCUUUUGUAUUACCAUGUAUUUGCUAUAAUAUGUUGGGGGAGCAGAAAGUGAGGGAGUUGAUGUAAUGAACUCUGAAAUAUAUCAUCCUAUGUUGAUUUCUUUGGGACAGUUAGUGUUUUGAGAGAUUUUAUAUUUUUUAGAUGUUCUUGUCCAUCCUGUCAGAAGGAUGGUGAGGAAUGAAGUAGCAUUCAUUCUGUUUUUUGAGGAUACUGAAUGUUGACUUACAGGCUACAAAAUAUACGUAUAUAAAAAUGGACGACAGUUCCAGUACUUGUAGGUCACAAACUAGACUGUAGCUUUGUUUAUAGAGAAAACCUCAGAAGUCUAAACUUCAACAACAUGCUCCACUGGUGUUGGUAUGAUUCUGUUUUAAUCUUACUGACUGUAAAAUAAAUGUAUCUGUUCAGUAUCAAAAUAAAUGUAUAACAUCUGA